AAAAGGAGGAGGGGCGGGGAGACGGCCUGCCUGGCCCCGGGAACCUCCUUUACUUGGGCUGGAGAGGGCGGAAGUGGCCCCGGGGCAGGCUGGGAGAUGUAGUUCCUGACUCUCCUGGGAGCGGAAGUGACGUCGGCGGGGAGGCGGAGCCGGGCUGCGAAGGCACGUUGGUCGCUCCGGCUCUGCCUGGGUGGCGCGGGGCCGUUGGAGCCUCUCCCGGGGCCGGAGAAGGGCUACAGUAUAACGUCCACGUUUUGCUCCAGAUCAGCCCAUCCUCCCAGCGGGGAGGCAAUGGCUGCAAUGGAGCUGGCUCAGCAGAUAAGUAUGCCCAGUGGUCGAUGAUGGGAUGUUGGAUGGGAUGGGAUCUGAGUUACUGCAGAGAAUUUUUUCCUGCGUGCUGGCUGUAGGGUUUCCAGUUUCCAAACCUGAUGUGAUCUCCCAGGUGGAACGAGGGGAAGAGCCAUGGGUUCCAGACCUCCAGGGCUGUGAGAAAGAAGUGCUUCCAAGAGCUACCUGCACAGGUAAUGACCUGUGUCUGGAUUCUCUGUGUCUCCCAUCAGGUGAUGGGAUGGUGAGUGAGAAUGAGGAGGAGAAACCCCAUCAGGAAGAUGCUGAGCGAAGAGAAGCACAUGGAAUGUUAUCAGGAAGAUCCAAAGAGAAUGUUUCCAGGAGUUGUGCACUCCCAGAAAAAGCAAAAGCCUGUGAGACUCAGGGGAGGCCAGAAGGAAACUUUAGUAGCCUCUCAGACCUUAUAACAAGCGGUAGAAUCAACUUGGAAAAGACACACUACAGGUGCCAUGAGUGUGGGAAAAGCUUCAAUCGGAGCUCUACUCUGAACACACAUCGUAGAAUCCACACAGGAGAGACGCCCUACACAUGCGCUGAGUGUGGAAAAAGCUUUAGUUGGCGCUCAAACCUUAUCAGACAUUGUAGAAUCCACACAGGAGAGACGCCGUACACAUGCUCUGAGUGCGGGAAAAGCUUCAAUCAGCGCUCAACCCUUAUCAAACAUCGUAGAAUCCACACAGGAGAGAAGCCCUACACGUGUUCUGAGUGCGGGAAAAGCUUUAGUUGUAGCUCAAUCCUUAUCAGACAUCAGAGAAUCCACACAGGAGAGACACCUUACGCGUGCACUGAGUGUGGGAGAAGCUUUAAUCGGAGCUCACACCUUAUCGGACAUCACAGAAUCCACACAGGAGAGAUGCCUUACACGUGCACUGAGUGUGGGAAAAGCUUCAAUCGGAGCUCUACCCUGAACGCACAUCGUAGAAUCCACACAAGGGAGAUGUCCUACACAUGCUCUGAGUGCGGGCAAAGCUUCAAUCAGUGCUCAAGGCUCAUUAGACAUCAGAAAAUGCACAGGAGAGAGAAUUGUAAUAAAUCCCUUGACUAGGGUUGGCAAAAAUGAUUUAAAAAAAAAAUCACAUUAGUUAAUUCCCACAUAGUGAUUUUUGCAUCUUCUUCACCGUGGUGUCUCAGCUCCACCAGAUAAGUUGCCACCUUCUGCCUUUUGCAGCUCAUCCUUCUUUGGGGUCAGUCCUAUGAUCUUUUCUAUCAACUCCUUUCCUUUUGAGUCAUAGGAGUGUGUAUCCCUCCAGCCAGCAAUGUUCAUGAGUUCCAAGUUGGGAGAGAGGUUUGAUCCCAGCAAGGUACACUGAGGCAAAAACUACCUGUGCCUUCCAUCCACUAGGACUGUACAUGGCGUUGGCUGCUCAAGUUAGUGAUCUUAAUGUAAAAAGUUGUAGUGCAAAUGCAGCCCAGGUGCAGUGGUUGGCAUUAGCUUUCCCCUUGACCUGACCUAAACUCCAUCACUUUUCCUAGUCUAAACUAACCUUGAGCAUCACGAUUAUCCUGUUCCCCCAUUUCAAAGCAAUUCUUAGUCAUCGAGUUCUCCCUUGGGGAACAAAUUGUUUCAUUCCCAGUUGUUCUGAUGUUGCUCCAGGUUGUGCUGGAGAGCAGAUAUUUUUAUUAUUAUUUUCCGCACUUAAAAUAUAUUGAACUAUAACAAAGAGCAGGAACAGGGCAAGGAUAGGGAAAAAAGUCAUUUCCUCCUCUGUAACAACAGACAUAGAGUCUGUUAUAGUUAGAGUAAGUCAGAGGGAGUCCCUUAUUCCCCAUCACUGUCCUCCUUCAAUCCGUGCUAGAACCUAAGAAUCCUUUUCCUUUCCCCAGUUGUGGGAUGGGAGACUUCCAAAAGUGCUCCCUGUGCUAUAGCACAUGGCUAAGCUCAGAGAAUAAACCCCAAAUCUUCCCUGAGCUUUGCUUUUUGAAUUCUGUAUUUCUGAUUGCUUCAAGCCUGGGCAUUGUGAUUAUUAACCACUUUCUCUAGCACGGUUCCUACCACUGUUUCUGUAACAUAUUUUGUUUUUUAUGGGACAGGGUUGUUAUUCCUUUGCCUAGCCCCAACCUGGAAGGCCAGGUUGUCUGUUUUCUCUGGCCCCUCUCCGCAGACAAAUCUGACAGGGUUGAACCUGCCUGGAGCAAACAAAAAGCCCCACCAGUCACACACACAAAGCAGAUAGACAUACACAAGACAUAGAAGAAACUGAAUAAUUUGAGCUAUCAACAUUUCCACUUUCCCACAGCAUGAUAGUUCUGAAGCUUGUUUUCAUUUGUUUCUUUUCUUGGAACCAGAACUGGGGAAAGAGAACACUGGAGUCAAUGGAAUUACAGCAGGAAGGGAUAAGUCUCAUGAUUUGUCACUAACCAAAGGCUUUGUAAACAGAGCGCUGAUGUUACUGAAUGGUCUGGCUAACCCUGCAGUUAGAAACAAUCAGCUCUGUGGGUGGUAAAUUGACAGGCUUUGCUGUUGAUCAUGAAAUAGCAGCUGUUGAAAGGUAAUAUGCUUCUAUUUCAAUGCCUCUGGAAGUACAGAAAACAAUGAUCUGUGUUAAAGGCAAGUUGCCAUUUCUCAGAGCCCCAAUUUCUAUUGUGUGUGUACAGGAAGGUUUGAAUGUGUAGCAGGUAGUUUGGUAAAGCCUAGCUAUUUUAUGCAUGUAACAGGCUCCUGCCCACCUGCAGCAGAGGUUUCAGUCACAUACUAUGGCAACUUACUGAAUGUCACACAAAUUAGUCCAUUCCUCCCCAUAGUCAGUCUCUGACCGGAAUGUUAGAAUGAGGCAGAGAAGUGGAAAAGUAUCGCAGUAGGAAUACAUUAAAAAGUGGGAUGAAUCAGAGCUGGGGUGCAGACAGAACCUGUUCUACAGCUGGUGAAGUGAUAGAGACACACUCCCACUAGUGCAGGCUCUGAAAUAACGGCAGAAGCAGAU